CGCGCCUCCCCGUGACGUCACAGGCCAGGCCCGCCCCCAGCCGCCCAAGGACUCCUGUUAUAGCCGCUGCCCGCUAGCGCCCCGGAAGCUGCGCCUUCUCGAGGGUCAUGAUGGGCAGCAAGAUGGCGUCUGCUAGCAGGGUCGUUCAGGUAGUCAAGCCACAUACUCCAUUAAUAAGGUUCCCUGACAGAAGGGACAAUCCUAAACCCAAUGUAUCAGAAGUUUUAAGAUCAGCAGGACUACCAUCUCAUUCUGCAAUUUCACAGCAUUCUAAGGGAAGUAAGUCACCAGACUGGCUGAUGAAUCAGGGCCCACCAGACAGUGCAGAGAUGAUAAAAACAUUACCUCAGAAGUACAGAAGGAAACUUGUGUCUCAAGAAGAAAUGGAAUUUAUCCAACGUGGAGGUCCAGAAUAAUCACCGAGACUGUGGCUGCUGUUUGUCAUCAGACAACAGAAUAGUCUUUACAAUAAAGGACUUCCAAAAUGACAAAUGAGAAAUUAUAAAUUAAACAACUUUAAUAAAUAUCGUGUAAAAAAAAAAAAGAAGUAUAGAAGAUUUAGAUGGACUCUUGUAUCUCCUAAUUUAUGUAUCUUGGUCAGCUUCUGCACAAGCUUGCCUGAUUGUUUAUAUACUUUAUACUUAUUAAAGUAUACAUUUUAAAAUGUUAUUAAUUUACUCUUGAUUAUCAAGUAUUACCAGUGUUGAACUAUUAAAAGCACACGAUGUCUAGUGAACUAUCAUAGGUUUCCUAUAACCUCUACUUUUCUUCAGGUUUCUAUUCAGACAUGGAAGGAGUAUAUCAGGCAGAAUUGCUGCUUUCUGGAAGUGAUUUUCCUGAAAUUGGAUGAGGAUCAGUGAAAUAAUGACUCCAUUAUUUGUUCUUAAUCCUCUUAACAUACAUCCAUUCACAAAGUUACUGGAGUAUAACUGGCUUAAUAAGCAUAUCCUGCUCUAAAUGAUAAAAGUAUAGCCAUGGUAAAAUGGGUGACUGUGGUAUUAAGACUAGGGGGUUAACACAACCUCCCUACGUUGAGUUUAUUGUUCA